GUAUUACUAUUAUAGUAUCAUUAAUUGUACUCGAACGUUGUGGACCUUGGCAAUCUCUGCAAUGGAAAAUUUUAAUUUUGGUGGAUCCCAAGUAUCAAGAAAUGAUUUUUUCCAAAUGCUCAUUCGAGUGUCAAUAGCCUCAGUGAUUACGUACUAUUCAGUCAAGUGGAUGAUGAAUCAGAUAGACCCUACAAGUAAAAAUAAGAAGAAGGCUAAACUACGAGCAGAGGAACAGCUUAAGAGAUUGUGUGAUCAAGGCAAUUUUAAAAUUAACGCUCAAAAGUUUACUGAUUAUGAGUUAAUGAUUGCUUCACACAUCGUAGUUCCAGCCGAUAUUCCAGUAAGAUGGAGUGAUAUAGCUGGAUUAGAUUCAGUUAUACAAGAGCUGAGGGAAUCGGUAGUGCUUCCUAUAAAGCACCGGCACCUCUUUAGUCAGUCGAAGUUAUGGCAAGCCCCAAAAGGGGUUCUUCUUCACGGACCUCCUGGUUGUGGUAAGACUCUAAUUGCAAAAGCAACUGCAAAGGAAGCCGAUAUGCGGUUUAUAAAUUUAGAUGUUGCAAUACUCACCGAUAAAUGGUAUGGAGAGUCCCAAAAACUUGCAUCCGCAGUGUUUUCUCUUGCUUUAAAAAUUCAACCAUGUAUAAUAUUUAUUGAUGAAAUAGAUUCCUUUUUAAGAAGUCGUAACUCCAAUGACCAUGAAGCUACCGCUAUGAUGAAGACACAAUUUAUGAUGCUAUGGGAUGGUCUAAAUACAAACCACGAAGCUACCGUAAUUGUCAUGGGGGCAACAAACCGACCACAAGAUCUUGAUAAGGCCAUAAUAAGGAGAAUGCCUGCACAAUUUCAUAUUGGAUUACCUAAUGUUGAACAAAGGUUUAAGAUACUAAAACUAAUAAUGGACACUGAAACUGUGAACGAAAAUGUCGACUUCAAUCGUCUUGCUAAAUUAACAAGCGGGUUUUCAGGCUCGGAUCUUAGAGAAAUGUGCCGCAAUGCUUCAGUUUAUCGAAUGCGACAGUUUAUGAAAUCAAAUACGAAAGAAGACGCAAAUAUUACAGAUGGAUUAUGGCAACCUACUGAGGCACUAUCAUCAAAUAAUUAUUCCCAAAUUGCUAUAACAAUGGAUGAUUUGAUAAGAUCAUUUGAUAAAAUUCAAGAAUCAAAAGUUCAUACCGGGCAGUUGCUUUUAGAAAAUAGAAUAGAUUUGGACUAAUUUUUUGUAUUGCAAGAAAAUAUCACAUUUUAAAACAAGUAUCCCGUAAUGGCUAUGGAGAUAUAUAUUCAAAAUAGCUAUAAAAAUGUGUGAAUUUAUAUAAAUUAAGAAGGAACACAGCAAAAAGUUCUACAAUACAUUCGUUAUCACGUCAUAAUUACAGAAGGUAGUCUUUUAUGCAAAGACAAUGAAAGCUACUUUUUAUAUCUGUUACUCUUCUCUUAUUUUAAAAUAAAUAAAUAUUUUUGUUAAAUUAUUAUUUAAAUUAAAUUAAUGGAGCCAGUCACUUCAAAAUAAUAACCAAUUUAAUACUUUUUCCACUAAAUGUUGUGUGAAGAUAAUCUCUUAGAAAUAAACCUUUGCAGCUCCGCAACUGGCAAUGUAUAAUAAAACUUCAACGAAAACAGUUGACUUUUUUCUUA